ACGAGAUCUUUUUUUUUUUGUCAACGAGAUCCACGACUUCCUCAAGUCACCUUUUCAUCUCUCGACGGUGACAUUUUGACUUAAAGUCAAAAACUGAAUUCGAUGGCCGGAAUAAACUCUUCUCCGGCGACGAUCAAGCUCUUCUCCGUUCUAUUCCUCGUUCUCACAAUCUCAUCCUCAUCACCCAUUUUCGCAAACGCCUUCUCCUUCCCAUUCUCCUCCUUCUCGCAGUACAAAACCCUAAUCUCAACCUCACGAUCCCUCCUCCUCCGCGUGUCGAACCUACGCGCUUCCCGUGGAGACGCGUUGGGAUCGUCUCGCGCACGAGCAAUGGCCGAGGAGAUCGAUCGUGGGCUAGGGAUAGGGUUCCUGAGCAGAGCGUGGUCUGUUGGGUGGGAUUACAUGUGGAAUUACGCUUGGAGAAAGGGAGGGAUUGACUACGGUGAGAUGUACGGUGCGAUCGGUGAUCUCAACGAGCUUAUGAGUUUAGUUACAGAGUUCAAUCGUGCUGAAUCGAGUGCUGAAAAAGCGAGCUCCGUUGCGAGGAGUUAUGGCAAAGCCCUUCGCGUCUCCAAGCAGUUGCUUCGUCGUCUCCUUAGAAUCUUUGGUAAAUCGGGUGCAUUGAGGGAGUUUUGGGAGAUGGUGCAAGCUGAAGUAGUUGAUGGGGAGUUAUUACAAGACUGUCUUGAAGUGGGAAGUAGCGAUGUUAAGAGUUUGCUUCAGAUUGCGAAAGACAUGGCUCUACAAUACUUUUCUUCUCAAAGCCGUUCCUCAGAUGAUGAGUUAUAGCUACAAAAAUGAAGAGUUUUCAUGUACGUCUCUUCUUUUUAUUGUAAAUGAGUACUAAGUAGAUUAUACGUUGUUUUUCUGCUUUGAAUCCUUAGCCUUGUUGAGUUCUUUCCAUUAUGUUUUCCAUGGAAUGUGACUUUGUUUGGCAUGUUGUAUAAACGUAGUCAUUAGUCAAAAUCUUCUAGGAAAUUCGCCAAAUCCAUUUUGUGCU